GCCCAAAACAUUAUUCAUGUUUACUGGAACGUUAGCCUCUGGCAAGAGCAACGCACUCGGUAUGCUGUUACCGCCAGGAAUGCGCGGACGUGAUUGAAUACGUUUUUCUAAGAUCCUAUACGUCCCUAUACGUUCACACAUUAUGGGUUCCCACUCCAUGGCUCCAAGCCUUAAGCAAUUGUUUGCUUCAAAUUAUGCUACAAAUAGCGGGUUUUGGUAAGCCUGGUCCAGUAAGCGUACUUGUGCGCGUACUUCGGCAUACCAUGGACGUUGUUAGUCUGCCGUCGGCAAACCUACGUGACGUUUUCACACGCGUUGUGGCACCCAAUAAGCUACUAUAGAUAUAAGGGACCUGUUUGCUCAUUCGUAAGAGCGCCGCGGGCUUGUGUAGCAUUGUCGCAGGGGAGCCCUCGCGAAUACGUUUUUCUAAGAUCCUAAACGUCCCCAUACGUUCACACAUUAUGGGUUCCCACUCCAUGGCUCCAAGCCUUAAGCAAUUGUUUGCUUCAAAUUAUGCUACAAAUAGCGGGUUUUGGAUCGGCACUGGCUAUGGCGGCGGUGCAGCUGGCCCUGUGACUGGUGUACCUGGUGAUGGCCAGGUAGGCACUGGCUAUGGCGGCGGUGCAGCUGGUGCUGGACAGGGCGCCAGCGCAAUAGACGACGAAGACGAAGACAACAGCAUGGAUGAGUCGAACCCCGUCGACAGUGAUGCCGAGCCAUCCAUAGUGGAUGAGCCGUCAACGGCGCGCAACCCUGCUGGAUUACCGGAGAUGCAGCUAAGGGAGGGUGGUGACACCUACGAACGUGCAACGGCUGCAGGUGAUGGUCGGGUCGGCAUGGGUGCUGAAUCCCGGGGCUGUUUUGCGUCCACGCGGAGAAUGUUGAAUAACACCAGUUGGGACGAAAGGCUGGUUCCUCUUGACCUAGAAACCACGAUGGAGUCAUUACUGCAUUUCCUUGCGGAGCCGGUCACCGCAUGGAUGAAUACGCCACAGCAUUUAUUCAGGCGUCGUCAGACGACGUACAUCAACGUCUCCAAAGCUUUGGGGGCCCAGCCCCACCCUUCACUGAGGUCACAGUACAACAGUCUGCGGGAGCAAACGAAGCAGGUGGCUGACGGGUACCGUGGCGAGGCAGCUGCCUUCCGACGACAACACGACGACAUUAUGAAGGUCCAGAAAAAGCUCCUAUCUGCUGCCGAAGAGCUGCAGGGCGAGAUGGACGCACUGUGGUCAGCUGCUGCCGUACGGGAGCAGUCAGCUGCGCAGUUAGAGCAGAAGGGAAAAUUUGACGCGCACCAGCUAUUCCGCCAGCAGUACGAGCUGGGCACUUCAUUUACAUUAGAAUCACGCGACGUUGAACCUUUCGCGCCGGCCUUCUUCACCACGGAUGUGGUGAAUGCAAGGACAUUGCUGGAGGAGCGCAUGCGGGAGUUGCCUGGGCCAGCAGAUCAGCCAGGCGCGGCCAUCACAGUCGCGGAUGCUCCAGACCUUGCCACGGAUAGGGUUGCAUGCAGCGCGCCAGAGAUCUUCAAUGCCAUAAAUACCAGGGGCUUUCACAGCUAUGAAGCACAACCCAAUAAGCAGGACAUGCCUCGUGAAACGAUGUCGACGUAUGAUAUUGAGCCAAAAGUUGUUAACAUGUGCGCAUAA